AUGUCUCUCACCAUACAGAGACUGUUCAUCUACCCAGUCAAAUCGUUGCCGCCCGUGCAGGUCUCCUCCGUCGAACUCACCAACGAAGGUCUCCGUUUCGACCGGUCCUUUGUCCUGGUCACUCCGCCCAAAGGCGACUCUCGCCUGGCCACGUUCCUGACCAUCAAGAAGAAUUUCAAGCUCACCCAGUUCAAGCCCGUCAUCGACGACUCGUGGACCAAGUUGACCAUCAGCCACAUUCACUCCGAGCCUCCGUCGUCCAUCACCGUUCCGUUGACGCCCUCGCCGCUGUCGUUGUUACACAACAAGACCUUCGAGGUGAGCAUCUUCGGCACCACUGCCAUUGGCAUUGAUCUGGGCGACGAACCUGCCGCAUUCUUCUCCAGACAUCUCGAACAAGACGUCCGGUUGCUAUGCAUCGGCGGUACAGGACGUCGAGAGAUUCCCGGGGCAGCCUACGUGCCUAGUCAGCACAACGCACUUUCCCUAGCCCUUAGAGAGGGCCUACAACCUCAACGGAUUCGAUUCGCCGACGCCGCACCACUGUUGAUCACCUCAACCGCAUCGGAGGAAGAUGCACGGUCACGACUCCCAAAAAACUACCAAAACGAAGACAUCAUCCUGCGGCUACGGCCCAACAUUCACAUCGACGUGAAAGAUCAGCUCCCUCCUUACGACGAAGACAAUUGGUCUUCACUGCUCGUUCGCUCGCAGUCGGAUGAAGCACAAGAAGUCACAAUAAAAUGUAUCUUUAGGUGUGUGCGGUGUCUCAGUCUGAAUGCCGAUCCCGAAACGGGCGGGAUGAUCCAUAGAGACCGACAACUUUAUGGUCUACUAGCGAGCGACCGAAGGGUCAAUGACAAGUUCCCUCAUAAACCCGUCUUUGGACAAUACGCUUUCGCCGGCCCCUCGGGCGCUAUCCUGCGUACUGGCGAUCAGGUUUAUGUGACUGAACGAGUCAAGAGGGAAUGA